AUGGACACCACACUAGCACCAGGUACCGUUCUUCUUGUUGACUUGGAUCACACCGCUGCCGCGCCGCACGCCGGCCGCCAGCAUGACAUUAUUCUGGUGCCGACACCUUCCUCUGAUCCAAAUGACCCGCUUAAUUGGUCACCCGCGCGUAAGCGACUGCAUCUUAUCUGCUUGAUAGUGUACGUGUUUUUCAACGGCAUGGCAUUGUCCGUUGUCUACUCCUUGCUGGUACCGCUAUCGCCUGCGUUGGAUGUCACAGUCAGCGAUCUAAAUGCCGGUACGGGAUACAUGUUUCUGAUGCUGGGCUGGGGCUUGCUCUUCUGGCAGCCGUUCGCCUUGCAGUACGGCAAACGGCUUACGUACCUCGUGUCUAUGCUUGGCGUUGUUGCUACUUCCAUCUGGAGCCCGUACGCCAGUGGUAACGGCCAAUGGAUUGCUCGCAACCUCGUCACCGGCUUCGUGGCCGCCCCCAUCGAAGCACUACCCGAAACCUCAAUCACGGACAUUUACUUCACCCAUGAGCGAGGCACGUACAUGGGAUGGUACGCAUGGGUGCUCGCAACGUCGAACUAUUUCGCCCCCCUUGUCUGCGGCUUCAUCAACGACAGCAUGGGAUACAAAUGGCCCUUCUAUUUCAUGGGUAUCUUCGCCGCCGCCGCCGCCCUCUUCCUCUUCUUGUUCAUGGAAGAGACCAACUAUGAUCGCGUCACGGUGACCACUGCGGAUCCUGGCGGUCGCGGCUCGAUGGCUACCUCGCCCAUUGACCCUAGCCCUGAAGGGAACAGGUCGCAAUCGACGACUCUGACCAGGAAUGGAGAUGAAAAGGAGGGUCAGAGCGGAUAUGGGGGUGAGGAUGGAGAUGGGGAUGGGGAUCGCAUCGCAUCUGCUCGUGCGCAUGGUAAGGAAUACACAUUCAUGCAGAAACUAUCGCUCAAAGAUAAGCCGAGACGGUUCCGCAUGCAUGAGCGCGUAUUGCAAACAUUCAGGUUUUUCACGUGGCCCAACGUCUUUUUCGCGGGCUUCUCGUACGGCACCUAUCUGAUUUGGUUCAACAUCCUGAACGCGACAUCCUCCAUCAUUCUGGGCGGCCCACCAUAUCAUUUCAAGCCAAGCAUUGUGGGCUUGAGCUACGUGUCUUGCUUGAUUGGUGUCAUCAUCGGAUCAGUCUACAGCGGCAUCGUCUCUGAUUGGGUCGUGAUUCGCCUUGCCCGUCGUAACGGCGGCGUUUUCGAACCCGAGCAGCGUCUCUGGCUGUUCUCCGGCAUGACGAUUGCAGCUCCGUUCUCUCUCAUCCUGUGGGGCGUCGGGGCUGCCCAUGAAAUUCACUGGUUCGGUCUCCUAUUUGCCAUGGUUGUUCUCUCGGCCACCAGCGCGGCAGGCGUCACCCUCUCCGUUGCCUAUCUUGUCGACUCGUUCCCCGAGGUAUCCGGCGACGGGCUCACGACCGUCAUCAUCAUUCGCAACACCAUGAGCUUCGCGAUCGGCUACGGCAUCACGCCGUGGUUGGAAGGGCUGGGGCUACAGAACUGCUUCAUCAGCGUGGCGUUUGUGGCCUUGGCGAUUUGCUCGGCGUUUCUGCCCAUGAUUUGGUUCGGCAAGAAGUUUAGGCUGAUGAAGCGGGACAGUUACUGGCACGAGGUGAAGAUGCGUGCGAGCGCGACGUCCCGUUGA